UGUCACCACAAUAUAUGUUGUGGUACAUGGUCGUCUAUCACAGAAUUUCGCAGGUCCGGGUGCUACUCAUCCCAUAAUCGACGAAGCUGUCCGUCUCAACAGCUACAAGGAACGACGAGUUACAAUGAGCGGUCAAGGCAGCGCAAAGCGCCGGAUACGCAGCCCUCCGCACUCUGAUCACCCAAACAAGAUGCCUAGAACUGUGAACACACAAGGAAUUGGGUCUCCAUAUAGGCCUGAAAUCGCUUCCAAUCGCCCAACACAAAGACUGGGAGACGCGCAACAAGAAGCCCAAGAAGGACCUGAACCUCAAGCCCGAGCUGCACAACCUCAAACACAACGAGAAGCGGCAGCGUCUCCACAAAACUUUCAGUCGAAAGUCACAUCACCUCCUCAGCCGGUGCUAGCCUCCUACGAUCUGCCAGCCCCACGAAACAAUCAAAAAGGCCCUGUGGUAGCAACCGCAAAGCUGACUGACGAUCUGGCUUUUCUACAAGUCUUUCAAGCAGCAACAAAAGCAUCUAUUGAAUAUGAUGAUGCUCUAGAAGAGCAUAAGAGGGCAAAGGUGGAAUUGCAAACCUCUAGGGAGCGUCACAAGAGUUAUCCUCAACUCCUGAUGACUAAAGAGGAGACUGAGAAGAAAGCCUACCGUAAGCUUGGGAGCAAGAAGAAAACUUUAGAUCAUUGGGAAAAGAAGAUGCAGGAGCACCCCACGCUUGAACAAUUUCUCCGGCCUUCGAAUCGAGCCGCAGAAGUCAGCAGGACUAAAAGUAUCGACCUGCUGGACACAAAGGCCUUGCACCAGGAGAUUCUCGCGGACGUACGUCGAGACUUCGACCAACAUGAACUCAAAGCUGCAGAUCUAAAAUGCUUGAAUGACAAAGUCACCCAAUUGGACAAGAAGUAUGACGAGCUGAUGAAGCAGAAUGCAGAGUCAAAAGACGCAAACCGGGAACUGUUUGAACAACAUGUUGCCGCGAUAAGAGCUCUAGAUGAGAUGAAAGACGAACGCGAAAAAGACGCAGCUAGUCUCAUGAAGGCUCGUAGUGAGAUAAAAGCACUUAAAGAAGACUUCGCCUCGCUUAAUGUGUCUAGCAAGAAUAUCUUGACAAGAAUGGAAGAAUCCGAAGCCUCUAGUCAGAAAAUGCUGACGAAGGUCGAGGAAGUAAGUCAUCAGAAGUUCCAAGAAUGCGAGCGUAGCAUGACGAAGACUGUUGAAGCCUUCGAUCAGACUUUGUCUGAGAACGGGAAGACCGUCCGUCGACUUGACGAUACUGUCAAAGGAGCAACUAAAGAAAUUUUCGAGACGAGCAAAAGAAUGUCUGAUAUUGAAAGAAGGAUUAAGAAACUCGACGAACAAACACGGUCUAUCGUAUCCGAAGAAUUAAAGGUUUCGUCUGAGGCCCGUAAGAAGAUGUUAAAUGAACUUCUGGAUCUUAAGAAGGAAACCAACCAGAUAAAGAAGCAGACAAACGAUGCUGAGAAGCACGUCAAGGAACAUCAUGAGGAAAUACGAAACGACUUCCAGAAACUAAAGGGUUUAGUCACCUCUCAAGGGGCUAAAAUCAGUCACGUGGAGGCUAAACUAGGCUCAGAGCUUGAGGGUAACACUGCAACUUUAGAGUCCAAGAUUAAGGACGUCCUUACAGAUCUGCAUUAUGAUAAACUACUUGCAGGCAGCUCGAAUGAAGAGGCUGGAAGGAUGCCCGUGAACCCAGACGAGCUCGUAAACAAAACUAUUGAUGUAGUCAGCGGAGCUAUGGAUACGAUAUUUGCAGAGAAUAGUCGAGACAUGCGAUCAGCUCUGGAGGAAUACUUUAAAAUUAUCGACACGUUGCAGGCGGAUACAGUGUCGAUACAAGAGAGGCUUGGCUCAUGCCAAGGCGACAUCAAUGCAAUAUCUGAAACCUUGAAGACGACCCAAGACGAACAAAUUAGUGCAAGAAGAACGGCUACCAAGCUCAACGACCUGGGGGAGAAGAUCGACCUCGUGAAAAAUGAGGUGGAUCGCAUGAAGGAAUCACGACAGAUGUUGGACCAACCUGGUGUGGAUACGCAAGUUGUGGAACAGAAGAUUCGAGAGUUUGCCGCUAGUCUUCCUAUUGUCAAGAUGGAGGAAAACAAGAAAAUCCUCAACGAUGUCACUGCGUAUUUUGAACAGGUCAGAAACCAUGAGUAUCGCCUGAACCACAUCGACUCGUCGUCUCUACACAACGUCAUCAUAAGCACGAUAAACAACAAAUUUGCGGAAAAAAUAAAGAUGGACCGUCUUUACCAGCAACGUGUUGAUAAAUUUUUGCAACAGCUCGACGCUCGAAUUCGAGAAUUACAAACCGCGGUCACUAUACUACAAGGACAAGGGCUACCAACAGAGAACGUAGGCAAUGGUAGACAUCCAAGGAUGCAAAUCCUAAAUCUAAGUCCCUUUCAACCACCUCAAACUGGCUUAUCAAUGAAUCAGACCGGCCCGAACCAAACUUCUAACCCACCAAGCAUGUAAAGAGUUUGAUGAAAACCUUUUUUGAACAGCUCUAUCAAGCCCUCAUUUAGCGAGCGAUCUUAUGAUGUUAACGUUAACUCCUGCAUUUUCUCUCACUACUGGACGAUAAUGGCAAGUUUAAUUGAAUGAACGUUUUUAGGUAAUCUUUGGUUUGAAUUCUUAACUCAACCGACGAUGACCACUGAUGUACCUAGCGGAAAUGGGUCAAAAUUGCAUUCUUGGCGUUCUCAAAAGUACCUUUUACGGUACGGCAUGGGAAUAUUUCAAUAGGAACCUUGGGAUUAUGAGCAAAGGCGUUCAGUCGGACUAGCCGAAGGAUUCAAUAUGAAUAAUGCCUCUAUGUAAGCCAUAGAUUAGCACCC